CCAAUGUGGCUGAAUUACAUAAAUUCUGCAAAGAUGAGUGGUCCAAAAUUCCUCCACAGCAUUGUAAAUGACUCAUUACAAGAUAUCGCAAUGUCAUGGUGGGCCACGGAGCCCCCCCGGUCCUUGUAUGCUUUGGUGUACCUGUCUCUCCUCGUGUUUUCUGGCUGUCCUCUGUCUGUCCUGGUGUGUGGGUGUGUCUGUGUUCUGGGCUGGCUUCCUGUUCUCCCGCCUGUGACUGAUUACCGGCACACCUGUCUUCAAUCGUCGCUGAUCGACACGAUUGAUAUACCAGGCACCUCCAUACUACCGACGCCAGAUCAUCCUCCGUACAUACAUACGAAUAUAACACUCUCGCUCUGCCGGUGAUCACUGCCUCAGUCUGCCUUUUAGAUCAUCUGGACAUCCACUACCAUGCCACUCUUGCCAUCCGGCCGAUCUUUGCCUCCGGACACUGCCCGCACCCGCACUACACGCCCGGCUUCAGUGAUCCUCCGCCUGGUCGGCUCAGCCUUCCCGUUCCGCUCGCCAGUCCAGAGCCAGCUCACCUUGUCUUCGUCCGGAGCGCCGCCAGUCUCGCCUCCAACCCGGCUCGGUCGAAUCCUCGGGGAAGCCACGGGUGACGCCGGAUCCUGCAUUCGUCUGCACUUGCAAUAAUCUACACAAUAAAAACCGUCUGAAAUACCCAGUUCUGUUUCCGUGAGUUCCUGCUUUUGGGUCCUGAAAAAUAGCUCUUACAACAGAACGAUCUGGCCAGCAUGGACCCAGCGGAACACCGAUCGAAAGAGUUAAAAGAACUGGUGUUGGACUUGUCAAGCCUGUUGGAAAUGUGGGGAACAGCUAGCAGCGAGCAGGCCAGGUUGGCAGCCAAAACUACGGCACGUUUUGCUGUCUCCUGCACACCCUGGCUGUGGGACUCACUUCUGGAGUGGGCAAAGAUUUUUGUAUCGGCUCCCAGCUUGACUCCCGACCCGCCAGUCGUCAGCCUGCCCCGCUGCCUAGCUCCUCACCUGCCCCGCUGCCACCGCUCCAUGCCACCGCUGGAUCACAGCACAGGAUCACACCCUGUCCUUGCCGCCGCCGGGCCGCAGCAGCCAGCGCUUACCGCCUCUGCCAGUCCGCUGUAGCCUCAGUCGCCACUAUCACGCCCUACUGGAUCGCAGCAGUCAUCGCAGCAGACAGCAAUCCCUGCCUGGUGGCAACUGCUCCCUGCUCCCUGCUGGAUCGCAGUCGCCUUUCUUCCUGACUGGACCUCAGCAGCUCCCUGGACUCUCCGCCGGACUUCAGCAGCUCCCUGGACUUCCUGCUGGAUCGCAGUCGACUCCUUUCCAGGCUGGAUCGCAGCAGUUCCCUGAACUCCCUGCUGGAUCGCAGUAGACUCCUUUCCCAGCUGGAUCGCAGCAGCACCAAUCCUUGGCCGAUGCUGGAUCACCAUCAUCUCUGUUUCCGGUGGGAUCUCAGCACAACAUGGGAGUCCCUGCUGGGUCACAGCAGCCUCCUCCAGUCCCUGCUGGAUCGCACCAGUUCCUUACCCCCAGCCCUGAAGUUCCGAAGCUCUCCAUGUCAUGAGAUCCAGUCGCUGGCUCCCGGCCCUGCUGCUUCGAAGCCGGCGCCAUGUCCUGCCGUUCCGGCGCCAUGUCCGGAUUUCUCAACACUGGCAACAAGUUCUGAUGUCCAGUUGCCGGAGCCAUGUCCUGUCGUCCCGGUGCCAUGUCCUGUCGUCCCGGCACCAUGUCACGAUUCCCCGACACCAAGUUCUGAUGUCCAGUCGCCGGCCCUAGGUCCUACUGGAUCGCAACAGCCUCCUCCAGUCCCUGCUGGAUCGCAGCAGCUCCUUGCUCCCUGCCCUGGAGUUCCAAAGCCGGCUCCAAGCCCAGCGGCCCCGUCGCCGGCUCCAGUCCUUGCUGGAUCGCAGAGGCUCCUUACUCCCAGCCCUGAAGUUCCGAGGCCAGCUCCCAGUUCUGCUGCCUCGCAGCGGCCUCCUCCGGUCCCUGCCGAGUCGCAGCAGCUCCUUGUUUCCAGCCCUGAAGUCCUGAUGCCCGGUCCUGGGGUCCCGACGUCGGCUCCAUGUCUGGAGCUCCAGACACCGGCUCCCAGGUCUGAGGCUCAGUCGCCAGCUCCUUGUCCCAAGGCUCAGUCGUCGGCUCCAUGUCCCGAGGCCCAGUCGCUGGCUCCGGCCUCCAGAAUGGUUCAGUGUUUGCCGCCGGCCUCCAGAAAGGUUCAGUGUCCGCCGCCAGCCUCAUGCAACCCUCCAUCCACGUCGCCAGCUUCCGGUAACCAUCCACUUGUGCCAUCACCAUCCUGCCAGGCCUCCGGAGGGAGUCCAUCUUUGUCACAGACCUCAGGAGGUCAGCUCGGCACACGUCCAGCCCCCGGGCCGUCCGCCCAAGGUUCCCCGUUCGGCACACAUCCAGCCCCCAGGCCCUCCGCCCAAGGUCCUCGGCACACGUCCAGCUCCCAGACCGUCCGCCCGAGGGCUACCACUUGGUCCUGUCAGGGCUCCAACCUCCUCUCUGUAGGCCAAAGUCUCAUAGUCGCCGGUGAUCAGGCUGAUUACAGAUGGUGUUGGUGGAGGAGGAGCUCGAGACAGCCGUCCUCUGCGCCAUCUUUUAAUUGCUUAUACAUGGUAAAUGGACUGUACUUGUAUAGCGCCUUUCUAGUCUUCCGACCAAUCAAAGCGCUUUACACUACAUGUCAUUCACCUCAUUCACACAUAUUCAUACACUGAUGGCAGGUGCCAUCUGCUCAUCAGUAGAAAAGGAUCGAACCGCCGAUCUUUCGAUUAGAGGACGACCCUGUCUACCUCUAAGCCACAGCCGCACACACAUCUGUGUGUUACAUCUCUGUCAGCUCUAUUCUGCUGCAGUGUAUAACAAUUAUACUUUUUGAUUAUACAUUGGAUUAACAUAUUUAUGUAAGUUGUACCGGCCAUAAUGUCCAUAGCCUUUUGAAUUUAUUGUGGGUCAUUUUUCUUUACUUGCAUGAGUUUUGUGUUAAUUAAUGAUUAAAGGUAAAGUCUAGUUUAUUUCAACCUGCGUAUUUCCCAUAAAUGUGAUUGCCAUUGUGACUCUAUUGGUCAUGCUAACUUUGUACUUGCCGUUACAUCCCUAUGCAGUUAUUGCUAACUCAUAUGGGAUGUAGAUCCCUAUUCAGUUAGUCAUAAUGGCCAUUCUAGGGGGCUACUUUGUGUUUACUUUUGGUAACACUCAGACAAGAGUUUGAGAUGAUUCAUGAAAAAAUCAUGUAUAUUUGGAAAGCUGUGUUCCCCAAGUCUCUACAAUGCAGGUGGUGAGUGCAAAGUCAGCAUGACAAUGACAAUGGCCACAUUUAUGGGAAAUACGCCAGGUGGAAAUAUUAUUUCCAUUUCCUUAUAAUAUAACAUAGAUAGUAUUUUCCUUUAAGUUUGGUAAGGCUAUACUGAGGAAGGUGGUAUAUAUUAAAUAGUUUGUUGUAAGCACAGGUUGCAAAGCAUGAAAGAAUUAAUAUUUGGUUUGGCUGUGCAGUUCACUUGGUAUGCCUGGUCUUUUAAGUCUCAUUGCCGAUUGCAUGCUACUGUGACCUACUGUGAGUUACUCCACAGGACAUUACACUUGACAUAUAGCCUGCAGUGUCGUUCUGGAAGCUGUGGCCAUAAAGACUGAGAAUUCAGUGCACAUGAAACAGUUGAUUCUUGGAACACACCAUUCCUUCCAGGAAAUGAAAAUAAAUAUAAAAUGCAUACUUUAUGACUCUCCAACUCUGUUCUUGCAGGCUUUCACUUUUUUUCCCCUUUGACACAUAAAAAUGCUGACAUGAUAUUUGCAGGAGACAGUUCACCUUCCCUGCAUCUCUUCUCACCCUUCCUGGUGGCACUUCUAACUGCCAGCUGCUUUUCCUUGCACUGUCAAUCAGGCCUGUUACUUUGGAGCUGAUAAACACUGAGGCCUUCAAGCUGUCAGCGGAAUUAUUUAGGUACUCCUGCGGUCAGCAUGGUGAGUAAACAUUUUCUUUGACUGAUAACACAAACAUUUUGGAGAUCUCCCUGAACACACACACACCAGCAACAACCAGAGAGAAAACUCUAUCUAUCUAUAUAUUCAGGCCACAUAAUGAAGUUAAUAACGAGAAAUUGCGACAAAAUGUUCAAACUGUUGAAACAGUCCAUCUCAAAAUGCAUUAAAACCUGGCAUUAUACCUACUGGGAAACUCUUCGUGUAACAAAAUGCU